UCCGCCUAUGUGAUCAACUGACGGUCUGUAUCUUUAUGCUGCUAAUUUUGGAUGACAUUUCGGGUAGAAUGAAGGGUUAACGCGUUGUUUUAAUACAAACUAUGAAGAACAGGAAACUUGGAUAGGAAGAAAUAUAUCUUGAACAUUGGUGAGAACCGUCUGUUGGAAGGAUGGAAACUCUCAUUCCCACCAUCAACCGGUUGCAGGAGGUCUUUCUAACACUGGGGGCGGAGAUCAUACAGUUACCUCAGAUAGUCGUGGUUGGAUCUCAGAGCAGUGGAAAGAGCUCUGUGUUGGAGAGCCUGGUUGGACGGGAUUUCUUGCCUCGAGGAUCAGGAAUAGUCACAAGACGACCCCUGGUGUUGCAGCUUGUUAAUGUCCCCCCAUUGCAGGAGAGGCUGAAGAUCGAGAACGGAAAUGGGAUUAAGCAAAAUGCCCAAAACAGCUACCCAGGUGUCAAAGCUGAAGAAUGGGGUACAUUUCUGCACUGCAAGAAUCAGAUCUUCACAGAUUUUCAGGAAAUUCGUCGGGAAAUUGAAGCAGAGACUGAACGAGGUUCAGGCGACAAUAAAGGGAUCAGUCCUGAGCCCAUAUAUCUGAAGAUUUUCUCUCCAAAAGUUCUUAAUCUCACUCUGGUUGAUUUACCUGGAAUUACUAAGGUUCCUGUUGGGGACCAGCCAAAGGACAUCGAGGCUCAAGUGCAAGAGAUGAUCUUGUCCUUUAUCUCCAAUCCAAACUGCCUUAUCCUCGCAGUGUCCCCUGCCAACUCUGACUUGGCCACAUCUGAUGCACUAAAAUUGGCUCGUGAGGUUGAUACAGAUGGCCGUCGAACACUGCUGGUGGUCAGUAAGCUGGACCUGAUGGAUGCAGGAACCGAUGCGCUGGAGGUCCUUCUGGGUCGAGUCAUUCCAGUCAGGCUUGGGAUUAUCGGGGUGGUUAACAGGAGCCAGCAUGACAUAAAUACUCAGAAAAGCCUGGAGGACUCAAUGAAGGAUGAGCAGGCUUUCUUGCAGCGCCACUAUCCCUCGCUAGUGUCUCGUGCUGGCUCUCGCUAUCUGGCCAAAACUCUCAGCAGGCUGCUCAUGCACCACAUCCGGGACUGCUUGCCAGACCUCAAAACCCGAGUGACUGUGCUGAGUGCCCAGUACCAGGCAAGACUCAACAGCUACGGACAGCCUGUAGAGGAUCACAGUGCCACCCUGCUACAGAUAGUCACCAAGUUUGCCAGCGAUUAUUGCAACACCAUAGAGGGAACAGCCAGGCACAUACAAACCUCAGAGCUUUGUGGAGGUGCUCGGAUCUGUUACAUAUUCCACGAGACCUUUGGCCGGACAUUGCAGUCUAUCGACCCCCUGGCGGGCCUGACUGAUCUCGAUAUCCUCACUGCUAUCCGUAAUGCUACUGGCCCACGGCCAGCACUUUUUGUGCCCGAGGUGUCCUUUGAGCUGCUGGUGAAGCGGCAAAUUAAGCGUCUAGAGGAGCCCAGUCUGCGCUGCGUGGAGCUGGUUCAUGAAGAGCUGCAGCGGAUCAUCCAGCACUGUUCCUCCUUCAGUACACAGGAGCUUCUUCGAUUUCCCAAGCUGCACGAUUCCAUUGUGGAAGUAGUGACUGGAUUAUUGCGGAAACGCUUGCCGAUUACUAAUGAAAUGGUCCAUCAUUUAGUAGCAAUAGAGCUUGCCUACAUCAACACAAAGCAUCCAGACUUCACGGAUGCGGCGCAGGUCUCCGCAUCUGUCAACAGUCAGCAGGCAGAGGCUCUUGACGGAGGGAAGCGUUGGAAGAACGAGAAGGUCACGGAAGAAAAGGCUGCAGCUGCAGGCUUUGGGAGCCCCAGCAAAGGCCAGGCCAUUAACCUCCUUGACACAGCUGUGCCAGUGUCCCGAAAGCUGAGCUCGAGGGAGCAGAGGGACUGUGAGGUCAUCCAGUGUCUCAUCAAGAGCUACUUCCUCAUUGUCCGCAAGAGCAUCCAAGACAGUGUGCCCAAGACAGUGAUGCAUUUCCUGGUGAACUACGUGAAAGAAAAUCUGCAGAGUGAGCUGGUGGGUCAGCUUUACAAACAGCCACUGCUCCAGGAGCUGCUCAUUGAGUCACAGGACACAGCACAGCAGCGGACUGAGGUUGCUCAAAUGCUUGAGGCGCUUAAAAAAGCCAAUAACAUCAUCUCUGAGAUCCGGGAGACUCAUCUUUGGUAGCCAGAGGAAUGCAACAACUUCUUUUGUGUCAAAGGAGAGCUCUGAGAGUUUGAGAGUGUAUGUGAGUUUUCGGCAGUCUGUGUUAAUGUGUGGCAGUACCACUGUUUUCUCACGGACCAGUGACCAUAGCACAUUCAGAUCUACUUUUUUUCCUCUCUAGCGGUUGCACUGAACAGCAUACCGGAGCUGUUGCUUUUCACUGUGAAUGCUGAGAGAGAGAGAGAUCAAUCACACUCAGGCUGAAAGUGUUAUUUAACAGGUAGAAUGUGACAAGCAUAGCCGCGAACAAAAAUUUCCUGCAAUACUUUGUGUGAAAACCUUUGAUGGGUCAUAAGUUUGUUUUAUUUUUUUGUAAUGUAUGUUGUGUAUGGAGUAUUUAUUUUCUCUGUGUUUAUUUUUUUUUUAUAAAUUUGAAAUGUGUUCACACUGCACAGCUCCAUGCUUUCAAGGCACGGGCUUCCUCUGAGCCCACUUUAGCAGGUGCUAAAACUAUGUUAGAUUAGAUUUCCUGACUUUAAUCUCCUUUGUUGGAGUGCUCAGCAGAUAUAGAAAUAAAGUGAAAAUCAAAUCAAUGCAGACUGCAAUGCAACACUAAAGACAGGCUGCAGUCAUUUAAAGAAAUCACAGGAUGACUGCGGAUUGUUUUUCCAGCUCCGAUGCUAAUCAAUAUCAGGUUUAUUUUCCAGUCUCGUUUGCAUAUGAGCCUAUUUUUACUGCCUGCUGUAAACAUUCCAGUUUUAGGUGAGCAAACCAAACAUGCCCAACAUAUCCUUCCCUCUGUUUGUGUACGAUUUUAGAAGACUGCCACAUUGAGCUGGACAGCUUAAGUAUAAAGUGUGUAUGCACCAUAGUGUUAGUCAAUUCUUACACUUGAAGUGUGUUUUUAUUAUUUUUAUUUUAUUAACCAUUAAAAGAGUACGCUUGUUAUAUUUCAGAUCCACAUGAUAGCACUGAAAUUUCCUGUAGCUUCGUUUCCUUCCCCACAAAACCAAUUAUCCACUUGUUUCCACUGUUAAUGCUACAGAGAUAUAAGCUUGUUCGUAUUACUGACCCUUUCCUGCCGCUCAGAUAAACUGCCUCCAGGAAAGCGAGACAAUUAGAAAUGUAGAUGAAUCCUGCCUGCAGUUGUUUUUUUGUUACAUUCCCAACCAGAAACCUCAGUCUUAAUUUAACCUGACUCAUUUGCCCCUGUGCCAGUCACUGUUUCAUUAUGUAAUAUUCAUUAAUAUGUAAAAUAAUGCAUCUCUUCCCGGCUUUCCUCUCCCAUUCUCAGGCUCAGAUAAUAGCCAAAACUAAUGUUAUCCUAAGAAUUAGACUUUUUCAGGAAGACCUGCUUUAAACAGAAAGUUCGCCCCUGAUCAACUAUACAUGUUCUCCUCCUCGGCCUGCAGUGCUGUUUAUCUACUGGAUUGUUUUGGUAUGAAAGAAGACGGCUCCUACAUGACACAGGGCAACCAGAGGUAACUCGAGUCAGAGUUUUCAGGGUCCCCGAAGGUGCCUCUCUUCUUUACCUGGCUAAAUUGCUACGGUAACUGAUGCUGAACACAUGACCCGGUCAGGAGCAUGAUCUGAUCAGUUUCCUUUUAGGAUCAGGUGGAAGCACAGUGUUUACACUAUUUUAUUUUCAGUUUGCUUUCAGUGAAAAAAGUUGUUCCUUGCUGAAGGAAUAUGUUUUGUAUAUGCAACUUUUUGAAGCCGUACUUUACUAACGCACUGAAGCCCAGCUAUAAAGCUGCAGCAGCACAAAGUGUAUGUGGCAUUGUGACAGGAAUUUGCAUACAUUCGGUUGGUGAUGCAGAACGUCUGUGGUCCUAAUCUGCUGCUAAGUCUCUUUACACUGCUGGAAAUACAGCUAAUAGAGUACAAAUUAGAAAAUGAAUUGGUUACAUUUGUAGACUAUAUAAUUAAUAAUUUCACUUUAAGCUGGCGACAAGUGAUAGA